UGACAGAGAUGUGCAUCAUUGGAGCUCGGAGAUCGUCAUUCGGCCGGCAGGUUUGACAGACAGACAGUCGCUCGCUCUUCAAGUCAAACUGGACUCGCGUGCUUCGUCUUGUGUGUGUGUGUGUAGUGUGCGAUAUGAGCGGAACAGAGAACCUCGAAGGAAACUCCAUCAUAGCGGAUCAAUUAGUCUCGGAUCCGCAGCCCGCUCAGAAGUCCGACACCACAAUGCACAUCGUUCCGGAUUACGUUUUCGAGUUCAACACAAUGAGCUACGCGCGCUCAAUGACCAAGAAAAAAAGAUGCCGCCACAAGAAAUGGUACCAAUGGUUCCUCAAGCCCCACUUCAAAAAUAUCAGAAAACUGCCCAAAGAAAAAGCCCCAUCCGGAGGAGACGCAGUUAUCGAAGAAACUGAAAUGAUCGCGAUGGCCGCUGGAAACCCAAUCGAGAUUAGUACUAUGUCGAGCUCUCGCGAGUCGAUCCCGGGAUCCUCAACACCAAUUUUGCGAACACGCAGAGUGCGCAUAGACGACAUACCCGUCGAGAUUGGGAGCUUUUCCAGCGGCUCGGGUAACGAGAGCACUCUAGUGAAUUCUCCGGAUAACGUACGAGCCAGCGGGGAUUCUUCCAAACACGGUCCAUUCCGAGAUUCUUCGCACGAUGAGGUAGAGGAAGACGACGAUGACGACGACACUACACUUUUGGUUCCCGGCGUAAAUGAUCGAGCCAAUGAAAGAGACUCCUUCAUGAGCGCCGACGACUUUCAUUCUGUGAGUUCCUUGGACAGCGAGGAAUACACCCCGUCGGUCACCACUGCUUCGAUGAGAUCCGUUUAUUACUCACUGCCCUCAGAAAGUAGUUCGCUGAUGGAGAUCUGGCAACCCGAGGGCGAAGCCUGUUCGUAA